AUGAGAGUGCUUAAAGAAGAGCCUGGUAUCAAAAUACUUUAUGAAACAACGGAACUUAUACCUGUCCCAUUUAAUAUAACUUGUGAAUAUUAUGGUGGAAAUUGCUCUUCUUAUUUUACCGAAGAACACGAUGCUCCGGAAAGCUAUGGCUAUGAUCCUGCAUUUAUACCAUCGGGACAAGUAAAAAUCAACACUUCCGAAUCAGAAGAUAUAUUUUUUACGAUACAUAUCAAUGAUGACACAUAUAAUCAUUUAAAUCAAAGUUCUCCUAUGAGGAUACAUGCAUUUGAUUCAGAUUAUCCGUAUCAAAAUCAAAAUACACCUAUGUUUAUUGAAUCAAUUGAGACGGAAAAUAGAUAUUAUUUAGCACAAUCUAAUGGUACGAAUGUAUUUUAUUUUGAGUUCUAUAGGCUAAGAAGAGAAGAAUUGGAUACCUCAUUUUCUACCCUUCUCGGUUUCAACCCAAAAUAUGAAACAUACAAUUACAUCGGAUCUGAUAUGCAGAUGAUUGAAUAUGGGGGAUCAAGUAAUAUUUACGCAAAGGUGACAAUUGGACUAAAAACUUCUGUUUUAGAAAUAGAAAAAGAACAACGGGCUCGUACCAUCUUAGAGGUGUUCGCAAAUAUUGCUGCUCUUUACGGAAUAACUUUUAGUACUUAUGUACUCUUAUUUGGAGUAAGAGUAAGCAAACCACUUCUAGAUAAAUGUAUGGCUGCUGACAAUCCUUCCGACGAUUGA